AUGACUGCAACCUUCGAUCAGUUUUGUGGGUCCGUUUCGGAUUAUAAUAAUUAUUGCAUUGUUUAUUAUGACGAAGAGCUCCCGAACCCACUGUAUACCCGAAUGGAUCAGCAUGGCACCCUUGGAUAUUACGACACCCCCGAAUUGGAGACGACAUUCAUUGAUUCAAAGUACACAACUGGAAGGAGUUAUACCUGUAACAGCAGCAGCAAUAGCACUGGAGAUGAGAGUGAUAGCAGCAUCAAGGACUUCGAGGGCAGAAGAAGCAUGUCGAAACGGAAUAAGAGGAUUAGUUUGGAUGAAUUUAAAAGACGGCGAUUAGCAGCAAAUGCUCGCGAACGUAAACGAAUGAACAAUCUGAAUGAUGCCUUCGAUCGAUUGCGAGAAGUGGUUCCUUCUUUGGGAAGUGAUCGAAAACUCUCCAAGUUUGAAACGCUACAAAUGGCACAAACCUAUAUAUCCGCACUGCUGGAGUUGUCGAAAAGAUCCUGA